AUGGAUAGGCAGAAAUUUUUGGGAUUUCCUGGAGGGAUGCUGAAGGAUACCGACGACCUCAUGGCCAAGGUUGCGAAGCUGAAGCCAGGGGCAAAGGUGCAGCUGAUGGGCACCCCCGAGGGCAAAGAGCUGAAAGCUCCGGAGGAGAAAGUCGUCUUCGAGGAGGACCUGUCUCCGGAAGAGAAGGCGAGGAUCUUGAAAGAGAAGAAAGUCGAAAUUCCACCAGCUGGAAUCAAGAACUUGGGCAACACGUGCUACAUGAAUGCAACGCUACAAUGCCUGAACAGGGUGGGAGAUCUGAGAGAAGCGCUCAACCACUACCAGCCACCCGGGACUGAGGUCCGUGAUAUCGACUCAGUGCUGACUGCGCAGCUGCGAAGCGUCAACUCGCAGCUCACCAGCACCACGGACUCCAUCGUUCCCAUGCAGUUCGUCAUGGCCUUGCGGCAGCGCUUUCCAAGGUUUGCAGAGAUGCAGAAUGGAGCGCCAAUGCAGCAGGACGCGGAUGAGUGCCUCCGUGGGCUGCUCACAACCCUUUCAGGAACCUUAAAGGGGAGCAGCGAAUCCACAAACAGGAUAGACGAGCUGUUUGGCUACAAGAUAAAAUCCACGCUUCGAUGCCUCGAGUGUGAUGAAGAAGCACCCCAGGAGACGGAAGAGAUGAGCCGUGUCCUGCUGUGCCAUCUCGGAACGCAGACGGAUCCCGUAUCGCAUAUCACUCAAGGUGUACAGUUGUCUCUGAAGGAACACAUUGAGAAACAAUCGCCCGUGUUGGGUCGCAACGCGCAGUACGAGAAAUCAUCGUCCAUUGCAAGCUUGCCACCCUUCCUCGUCGUUCAAUUUGCCCGCUUUGGCUACAAAGGUGCCAAUGAAUGGGCUGGCACGAGUGCUUCCAAGGUGAAGCUAACGCGCAAAUGCGCAUUCACACACACCUUCGACAUUUUUGAUUGCACAUCUGAUGAUGUGAAGAAGAGACUAUCUGUGGGCCGAGUGAAGAAAAAAGAAGCAGAAGACAAGGAGCUGGAAAGGCAAAAGGCCGCCUUGGAUAAGAGUACUUCUGCGAAGCAGGAAGAUGUGGAGAUGAAGUCAGCAGAGGACUCUGAGAUGCAGCCCGUGGGCUUGGAAGAGCUUGACACGGGCUACUACAAGCUUAUCGGGAUAGUUUCACACAAAGGUCGAACUGCUGACGGAGGCCACUACGUGGGCUGGACCCUCCAUAAGAAAGCGGAUGGAAAGGACCUCAAGGAUGACAAGUGGGUUCUCUUUGAUGACGACGACGUUACCUUCGUAAAUUGGAAGGACAUGACAGGCUUGAGCACAGACCUGUGCGGGGGGAAAGCCGACACUCAAAUUGCAUACAUCAACAUCUACCAAAGGAUAACAGUUCUUGCAGAUCCUGGACAAGCUUUGGGCAGCGAUGCUGGUGAUAAGGGCGACAGCGGUUACUCAGCUCCGAAAGAUGUGACGAUGGAGGGAUAA